UCUAGUACAUAUGUGUAAUGGAGCCAUGCUUGCAUAAACUUAGGAGGAAGGAGACUUCAACAGGUUAACAUACUGAAGCUAUCUAAAUCUUGUCCAACUGUUCACAAACACAUUGGCAGUGGUUUUGGUGUCUCUUUAUUAUAAGAGUACAGUGUUUAGUACAGAUCUUUCAUAAUUGCUAUCGCUUUGCUGUAAGUUUUCAUUUCUUCGUUCAUUUUUAUUGGUUACUGCGAGUAUUGCUUAAACUAAUUGAACUCGCUCAACAUUAAUAGGCUUUUCGCGAGUUUUUUGAUGCUGUUUCAUGACGUAAUCGAUGAAAUGCAGCAAAAGGGUUUCCUAUAAAUAAUUGCAUCAAUUGACUACAAUUACAGUGUAACAGAAUGUUGAGAAAUAUUUACACACAUGGUUACCAUCCAUCUGUUUUACGAUCUCAUUCCAAAAGAACUGUAAGAAACUCUGCGGCGUUCGUACUGCCAUUCCUUAAAGAUGGAAUGCGAAUACUAGACAUUGGUUGUGGUCCAGGAACAAUCACGAUUGACUUUGCUCGUAUGCUUCCUCAAGCACAAGUCAUAGGAAUUGAUAUGUCGAAAGACGUAAUCAACAUAGCCGAAGAGAAUGCUCGGAGGGCGAAAAUCAAAAAUGUACAAUUUGAAGUUGGUGAUAUUCACACGUUGCAGCAACCAAAAAACAAUUUUGACAUGGUCUUUGCACACCAAGUCUUGCAAUACGUAAAAGAUCCAGUUGAGUGUCUCACAUUGAUGAAGUCGUUCGCCAAAUCAGAGAGCGGUUUUGUGGCGGCUCGGGAGAGUAUUCUAGCUGCUUUCGCAUGGUGUCCUGAAACGGCCAAUAUGUCUCAAUGGCAGCGAAUUUAUAGCGCUGUCGCAUAUGCAAACGGCGGCGAGCCAAACGCGGGGAAGUAUCUUCAUCGAUGGGCAAGAAGAGCAGGAUUCCGGCCUGACAAAAUUCUCAAGGGAAGUAGUACUACACUUUUUUGCGACGAGGAAGACAUUAAAUGGUGGUCUUCUCUUUGGGCCGAACGCAUCCUUAAAUCGCGUUUUUACCAAACCGUUUUAACAAAUAAAAUCGCAAAACCAGAGGAGCUCAAAGCAAUUAGUAAGGGCUGGAUUGACUGGGCCGCUUCGGAGGACUGUUGGUUCUUACUUGUUCGCGGAGAAAUAAUUGCCUUUAAUGGAGAGUAGCAUCCGGUUUAAGCAAUGCUUAUAAAAUGGAACUAGUCUUUGGAAUAUACAUUCAGAAGUGUAGUCUGGACAAGAAUCGUUGAGAUUCGGCGCUGACAUACAAUAGUGAAUAUAAAGUGAAUGCUUUAAAGAAGGGAUGUUAUUGCAUGUGUGCAAAUUCCAUUGAAUUAGUACUAUUAAAGAAAUUUCAGUUUAACCCAUGCAUAAUAUAUUGUUUUCUUCAUUGUUGAUUCUCUAUAUCUUUGUGAGGAUCCGAG